AUGACAUUUGUUUACAAUACCUUUCAACAUAUCUCUACUGAAAUGGCACUCACAGAAGCUUUAAUGAGAUAUCAAACUGAUUUGAAAAUUAAUAUCAACAAAUCACCACAACCGGUUGCCAUACAUGCUGCUAGCCGCGUGAAACAUAUUGAGGAAACAUACCACAAGCUCAUUGAGAAUCUAUAA